GGAAGUGCUUAUAAUCGUGCUCAUGUUGGUUUAUCGAAGGCACAAGCCAGUAACCGUUUAUUCUGUUGGAGUUCAGAUCUGUCUUUGAAACUUUGUGAAUUCUGCACACUGAGGAGAAGACGGACAUGGAGAACAAGAAGAGAAGGGGUAUCUUGGAGCGCCUGGAUGCUGGGGAGGUGGUUGUAGGAGACGGAGGUUAUGUGCUGCAACUUGAGCGACGUGGCUACGUGAAGGCAGGGCACUGGACACCAGAAGCUGCGGUUGAACAUCCUGAAGCAGUGCGUCAGCUGCACAGGGAGUUUCUGAGAGCAGGAGCCGACGUGAUGCAGACUUUCACCUUCUACUGCAGUGAGGAUAAACUGGAACUCAGCGGCAAUGUCAAGACCAUCUCAGGGGCCCAGAUCAAUGAUGCAGCCUGUAACCUGGCCAGAGAGGUCGCCGAUGAGGGGGGUGCACUGGUUGCUGGUGGUGUUUCUCAGACCCCCUGUUAUGUUAAGAGUCGCAAUGAGACUGAAGUCAAAGCCAUCUUUAAGAAACAAAUGGACAACUUCCUCAAGAAGGACAUUGAUUUCUUGAUAGUGGAGUAUUUUGAGUAUGUUGAGGAGGCAGUGUGGGCAGUGGAAGUGCUGAAAACCAGCGGUAAAACUGUGGCAGCAACACUCUGCAUCGCCCCCCAAGGAGACCGACAUAGAGUCCCACCUGGAGAGUGUGCUGUCAGGCUGGUCAAAGCUGGAGCGGACAUAGUCGGAAUAAACUGCCAACUGGACCCAAUGACUUGCGUUCGGACGGUGAAGCUGAUGAAAGAGGGAUUAGAGAAAGCGGGUCUCAAGGCCCAUCUCAUGAUCCAGCCGCUGGGCUUUCACACACCAGAGUGCAACCUUGGUGGAUACGUCAGUCUGCCUGAGUAUCCCUUCGCACUGGAGACCAGAGCCAUGACUCGCUGGGACAUCCAUAAAUAUGCCAGAGAGGCUUACAAUGCAGGAAUUCGCUACAUCGGUGGCUGCUGUGGAUUUGAGCCGUACCAUAUCAGAGCUAUAGCAGAGGAGCUGGCCGCAGAGAGAGGAUUCCUCCCACCAGCUUCAGAGAAACACGGACUUUGGGGCGCUGCUCUGGAGAUGCACACUAAACCCUGGGUCAGAGCCAGGGCUCGUCGUGAAUACUGGGAAAAUCUUUUGCCUGCUUCAGGACGUCCAAAAUGCCCUUCAAUGGCCACUCCAGCAAAUGAUGGACUGACUGAAAACUAAGUAUUAGCAGCAGUUAAAAUGGAGUAAACUAACACAUUUGCCUUUCUUUACUGUAGAAUGUUUUGUGUAGAAAAUUGAAUUAUGCUGUAAUAAUUCAGUCUGAAUGUCAUUUAUUAACUCCAACUUAAGUUUUUCAUGUUUCUUUGCACUUUUAAUUGCUGGAUGUUUCUUAUUGUGCAGGUUAAAUUAGGUGUUUUAACUAGAAUAAUGUUUUGGAAGCACUUUGUAACUGAUUUGAAAGAUGCUUUAUAAAUUAAAUUGAGAACUUUUACAUCUGU